UAUUCCUACAGCCGUAGUAAUACGCCCCGCUGAGAGCAGUUGACUUGAACCGGGCGCACCGCGACCGCAGCUCCCCUGCGCAGGCGAGAGCGAGACCGCCGCAGCAGCUAAAUCUCUCUCUCUCCCCUCUGAUCUCUUUGGUGAUGGAGGGCGAGAACGGGCGGUGCGUGCGAGUGCUCUGCCCUAAGAAGACUCUCCUCGGCUUCUCCUCCUCCUCUAAGGAGUCGCUGGGUAUUAGAUGGCUGAUCGGAUCCCCUCUCUUCCUCCCUCCCCUCACCGUUGUCUCCGCCUUCCGGUGCCUCCACGGCGAUCCCUUCUCCCCGGACUUCUCCAGAGAAGCAGAUGAUAUUCGUACACUAUUAUUGAGAGGAUUCGAUAUCAUAGGAGCAUUGUUCAUUGGACAUGGAACCUUGGAGGAAAAUGCUAUUAAGGCAGUAGAGGCUUUUUGUAGGUUGAGAAAGUCUCUUCAUAAUGAUGAAGUAAGUUUUGAUAUGAUCGGAGCAGCUGCUGAUUUGACAAUUGGUGACAUUUGCUUUUUUGUCUCUGGUUCUGCAAAACCAAUAAACAUGGAAGCUAGCACUGUUAUCUAUGAAGAUAAUCCUGAUAACUAUCUGUGGGAGAAAGGCUGUCUACUUAGAUGUGAGCUGGCAUUCAAGUUGCCUACCUACGUUCCUGUAAAUAAAACAUCUGAUGUUGAAGAGACAUUUUCUUCACUGGUUGAUGCUGCUGCUGCUAAAUUCAAAGGUCCUUAUGUUGCUUACCUUGUUGAAGGUCCUAAUAUCAGUUCUGGGGAAGCAUCUCAUUCUAUUGUUUUGCAUGGAGAGGAGUUUGAUUUCAACAAGCAUCCCUCUCAUCAGAAGCCUUUAAACACUAGUGCAGAAGCUCAAUCUUGUUCAUAUUUUUGUUCAAAAAAUAAGUUUAAGUCUACAUCUGCUACAAGAGAGACUGCAGAUGCAAUUCGAGUAACUGUCCUGUUAAAUAAAUCAAGAAAUAAUAACUCUGGUGCACCUAUCGCAGAGUAUUUACCAGCAUCGGAACUGGCGAGACUUGUAGUUGUGAGCUUCAAGCUAGAUGUAUUGUGCUAUGCUUCGGAAGAUUUUCCUGUGGCUGCUGCUAUAUCUGAAUUGGUUGUACCUGCAUUAGUCGAUCAGUUAGAAACUAUGAAGAAGGCUAUCAUACCAGAGCUUUUAUCACAACAUCCUCAGGUAUGUCCAUACCACUUCCUCCCCCCUGGGAUUUUGCAUCCAAUAACAGCUAUUUAUGAACUCAGAUAUGGGGAGACAGAGGUGAAACAAGGUGAAAUUAGAAAAUCUUUACACUCAAGACUGGGUUUGCCGAUGGAUCGUCCCUUAUUACGUAUUGCUAAUGCACUAAGUUUUGGCAGUAAAGGCAUCAUGGGAAGCAACUCAAUACCAAAUGGUUGUCCAUUACUUAAAGAUGUCCACACUGGAAUUCCAAAUAGUGGGGUUUCUGGAGGCAUCACAUCCCUCGUUGAUGGUUCUUAUGAAUAUUAUCAUUACCUUCUCAAUGGUAUGGAUGACAAUGGCUGGGGAUGUGCUUACCGCUCUCUACAGACUAUCAUAUCUUGGUAUCGGCUUCAGCAGUACACAUCCAUUGAAGUUCCCUCACACAGGGAAAUUCAGCUGUCUCUUGUUGAAAUUGGUGAUAAGGAACCGUCAUUUGUUGGGUCACGUGAAUGGAUUGGAGCCAUUGAGUUAAGCUUUGUUUUGGAUAAACUUCUGGGUGUUAGCUGCAAGAUCAUAAAUGUGAGAUCCGGGGAAGAGCUUCCAGAGAAAUGCAGGGAGCUUGCCAUGCAUUUUGAGACACAGGGAACUCCUGUAAUGAUUGGUGGUGGUGUCUUGGCAUAUACUCUACUGGGAGUUGAUUACAACGAGGUGAGUGGGGAUUGUGCCUUUCUAAUUCUCGAUCCUCACUACACAGGUAAUGAUGAUUUGAAAAAGAUUGUUAAUGGUGGAUGGUGUGGGUGGAAGAAGGCUGUUGAUAGCAAAGGCCGAAGUUUCUUCUUGAAGGAUAAAUUCUACAAUCUUCUGCUUCCCCAAAGGCCUAACAUGGUGUGAGAGAUCAUGUGAAGUAUCGGGGUGAUUUAAGAAACUAUAAAAAAAAAAAAGAUGAUACAGGUAGAAGAGGAUAAAGAAAAAGAAACAUGCACUUUUUCCAAAUCCCCGCACACCUCCACCCCCAAACCCCCCCCCCCCCCCCCCCCCCCCCCCCAACUAAAGGAGGGAAAAAAAAGACAGAUUUGUAUUGGUAGCAAGGGUAACAAGGACUGGCCUGAAUUUUCUACGUUACACAAGCUCAUCUCAAGCCAACUUCUAUUCAGAUGUUUUUUUGUUUUACCCUUUUCAAGUCACAUGUUAUUGCAUUGGAUCUUUCUCAGUAAGAACAUGGUUUAAUAUCUUCUUGAAGGCAUAACAGAAGAUGGUCAUAUGUUCAUCAGUGGUGGAAGCAGGCAGCAAGUGGAUCCUGUCAACCAACCUUUUGUGACCCUGAAGGUGGGAUUAUUUCUUUUGACCAUCUCAUGCACAUCCAUAUUUAGCUUAUCUUAACUGACCUGAAAUUAUAAGAACUUUUGUAGCUGUUUUUAAACUUUAUUUUCUUUCGCUGGUGUAUCAUUAUCCACUUCACUGGAGAACUAUAUGUUUUGUGGUCUAA